AGAAAAGAGACUCCAAUGGACUUACACCGGGCAGCUUUCAAGAUGGAAAACUCCUCCUACCUUCCCAAUCCUUUGGCAUCUCCAGCCUUGAUGGUCCUGGCUUCCACUGCUGAAGCCAGCCGUGAUGCUUCCAUCCCCUGCCAACAGCCCAGGCCCUUUGGGGUCCCUGUGUCAGUGGACAAGGAUGUGCACAUCCCGUUCACCAAUGGCUCCUAUACUUUUGCCUCUAUGUAUCACCGACAAGGUGGGGUGCCUGGAGCAUUCACCAACCGUGAUUUUCCACCUUCAUUACUGCAUCUACAUCCUCAGUUUGCGCCCCCUAAUCUGGACUGUACCCCAAUCAGCAUGCUGAACCAUAGUGGUGUUGGGGCCUUCCGUCCCUUUGCCUCCACUGAGGACCGGGAGAGUUAUCAGUCGGCUUUUACACCUGCCAAGCGCCUGAAGAACUGUCAUGAUACCGACUCUCCCCACCUUCGCUUCUCAGAUGCUGAUGGCAAGGAGUAUGAAUUUGGAGCCCAGCUUCCAUCUGGCUCUCCCGGCUCCCUCAAAAUUGAUGAUACUGGAAAAAAGAUCUUUGCUGUCUCUGGCCUCAUUUCAGACCGGGAGACUUCAUCUAGUCCAGAGGACCGAAAUGAUAGAUAUAGAAGCGACAGCCAAGGAGGACCACCAGUAUCCGUGGGGGCCAGCCAGCGCAUGGCAUUAACUUUCCCCCUCUGCAAGAAGAAGGCAACACUCUUCGACAGCCAGGCUCCUAUCUGCCCUAUUUGUCAGGUUUUGCUUCGCCCAGGUGAGCUGCAGGAGCAUAUGGAGCAGGAGCUGGAGAAGUUAACACAGCUGAAUAUCAGUAAGAAUGCUUUACUGAAGGAUGUCAUGGCCCCAGGAACUCCCAAGUCGAUUUUGUUGUCAGCCUCUAUCAAGCGGGAAGGAGAUUCUCCAACAGCAUCACCCCAUUCCUCAGAUGAUAUUCAUCACUCUGACAGAUACCAGACUUUUUUGCGAGUAAGGGCAAACAGACAGACCCGGCUGAAUGCUCGGAUUGGAAAAAUGAAAAGGAGGAAGCAAGACGAAGGACAGGUAUGUCCCCUCUGCAGCCAGCCUCUCUCAGGAUCCGAGGAGGAGAGGAAUGGGCAUGUCGAACAAUGCCUUGCAAAGAGGGAAGGGUCAUGCAUGAUGGAGGAUGACCCUGUUGACAUUGAGAAUGAGAAUGGUAAUCGCUUUGAGGAAUAUGAAUGGUGUGGGCAGAAGAGAAUACGUGCUACUACCCUCCUGGAAGGGGGGUUCAGAGGAUCUGGGUUUGUCAUGUGCAGUGGCAAGGAGAGUCCAGACAGUGAUGCUGACCUUGAUGUGGAUGGUGAUGACACAUUGGAAUAUGGAAAACCACAAUACACUGAAGCAGAUAUCAUUCCAUGCACUGGGGAAGAACCAGGUGAAGCCAAAGAGAGAGAGGCACUCCGAGGUGCAGUCCUAAAUGGUGGCACUCCUAGUACCCGAAUAACACCAGAAUUCUCUAAAUGGGCAAGUGAUGAAAUGCCAUCAACAAGUAACGGGGAGGGUAGUAAACAAGAGCCUGCGCAAAAGACUUGCAAGAACAGUGACAUAGAGAAGAUUACAGAAGACUCGGCAGUGACAACAUUUGAGGCGCUAAAGGCUCGCGUUCGUGAAUUAGAAAGGCAGCUCUCCCGUGGGGACCGCUAUAAAUGUCUCAUUUGCAUGGAUUCAUAUACAAUGCCCCUGACUUCCAUCCAGUGCUGGCAUGUGCACUGUGAGGAGUGCUGGCUGCGGACUCUGGGUGCCAAGAAGUUGUGCCCUCAGUGCAAUACCAUCACCUCACCAGGGGACCUCAGGCGCAUCUACUUAUGAAAAAGAUGGCUGCUGAGAUGCUUGAACUAUGGGGACUAGGGAAAAGGAGUGGCAGCAACAAAGACACUUGAAAUUAAAGACUCCAAAAGUGGACUAGAGGCUAAGGGAGCUGCACGAUGCCUCUGCUUCCGAACCUGUCACUGGUGCUGCCCACUCCACAAGAAGGCCAAACCAGAAUCCUUAUUGUGAUUCGUUUUUCCUUUUUUACAAACUGCUGUUCCACGUCUGUCCCGUUUCUCAAAGAGUUGGGGUUCCAUCGUGGACAACUUGCAAGACCUUUCAGGGAAGCAUGAGAAGGUGCUGGAUCUUCCACCACAGGAAAUGUCCGAGCCUGUAAUUUGCAGUCUCCUUCCCGCCCUCUUUUUAUUUGUGGUGUUCUAGUGAAUUUUUUUAAUAAAAGAAAAAACUUAUACCUUCACAUCCACAAAGGCAGAAUGAAGCACAUGUAAUAUAGACUAUAUGUUUACAAUGUUGUGUAUAAAUGGGAUAGACUCCAACGUUACAUACUAAUGUUUUCCUUUUUAUUUUUUCCUGGGGCGGGGGGUGACUUUUUUUAAAAAAAGAAGAGAAAAAAUAAGCAGAGAACAUUAAACCCAUAUUUUUCUUGGUUCUGCAGAGUUUUUGCAUUAAAGUCAUUAGUUUAAGAAAAGUAUAUAAAUAUAUAUUAUACAUAUAUAUAAUAUAAAUGGUUUAAUGUUCUGUGGUGUAUAUUUCCUCAUUCAGAUAUGAAAUUAACAAUUCGUAGUUUCGGCCAUAACUUACAUGACUUCUGGGGAAAAUAGAAAAAAACAGGUUUUCUUUCAUUUGUUACAGUUAAAUGGGCUAUUUAUAUAAAAUACUUGCUUCACUGAAACCCUUUUCCAUUUUUUCACUUGGGAAAACAUAGAUGUGCAAGCUUAUCCCAUUGCCUGUGAGAAAAAUCAUAGCAGGGGUCAGUAGACUUUUCAGGCACUAAACAUUCUUAUGCAGCCCUCUACAAUGGCACAGGCACCAAAAUAUUUAAAAAAAAAACAUGUCUGAAAUCUUGUAAAGUUUUGGCAAUCAUAUGAUGUUUCAGCCGUGUUUUAAUUUUUGGGUUCCAGGUGUGCCAUCUAGGAGUGUUGCAACUGCCUUAGUAACAAUGGACAUCAUUAGUGGUGAACUCUGAUAGGCACUUACACGAAGCAGAAAACAAUGGUCUUUGCCUGUUACAGAUGGAAUUGUUAGCAUAGCUGUGUUCAGGCCAAUUAGUCUUGUGAAAGCUAAAGUUAUCUUUUGUCCAAAUGUAAUUGUAUUCAUCAACCUGCAAGCUUACAAGAAUUAAAUUUGAACAGGGCCCCAAAAUAAAUGCAGAAAAACACCCAAUGUUCUAUCAUACCUCUGGCAGAAUCUUUAGCAUUCUGUUUUGACGUGUUCCCAGGUCCAACUACUGGCAGUCUGUUCUACUCUGGAAUAUUUUUCUUAACAGCUGUUUCAUCUAAUUUUCAGGUGUUCAUGUUUCAUUUUGAAAAGGAAAUAAGUAUGUGCCAGCUUUGCUUCCUUCUUUUGUCACUUCUGCUUGGACUGUGGUAAUGGUGGGGUGUAAUCUGGGUUUGUUCAAAAUUAGAUUAAUUUAGAUUCCAUUCAUUUCCUCAGCAUUCCUGACAGAAACAUUUUCUUAGCCCUUGUUCUGCAUUUUGAAAAUAACCCUGUGAACCACUACCUGCCUUAAUUUUAAAAAAAACUUAACAGUUUUUGCAUGCACCCCCAAACAUACCAUUUUGUAGUCCAUUCAGGGAACACUUUACAAAGUUGUUAUAAAUUCUGACAGGAAGUUACCAGCCUGCUUGAUGUUGACAGGCAAGUAAGCCUAUAAAUCACUAUUUAAACUGGGGUUACAAUGUGAAAAUUAAUGGAAUUAUGGCCCUGGGUCUACUAAAUAACUUUUUCUCUUUUUUCGUUAAUUCCAUCUUAUACUAUAUUUGUGGAUUUAAGCCUCAGAAGGACAUGAUUGCACUAAAACAUCUGGCUAGAUUAUCAUGCUAUUGGGAAAACCUUUGGCAUGAUACUGAUUAGACCACAAGAUUUUCUCCCAGUCCAGGAUUCUUUAUUCCUAUUGAGACAAACUGAGUAGUGCACUGAAGGCAAGUUGAAGACAUCUGUUGUCAAUCAGCCUCUUAUGAUGACACAGUUUCAUCCCCAUAUACAUAACAAUUGUCUUAUGGAGAAUUAUUUUUUAUCCUUAAAUAAUUCUGAGCUCCAGAAUACCCAAAACCAUCUGAACCAGUGUGUCUCCCUGUCAAAAAUGUUGCAGCAGUUAAGCAACAUAUUGAAGGUUGAUUUGUAGCUCGUAUUAGUUGUUGGAGGUGGGUAGGAAGGGGACAAGGACAAUUGGUUCAAGCAAAUAUUGAUCUGGCAUCCUGAAGGUGCAACAGUUUACAAGAGCCAUAAAGCAUCUAGAAUGCUAUUUGUUUGGGCCCAAGAUUCCAGAACUGUAUAGCACUUAUACCUUCCUAACUUUGUUGUAAUGGGGAUGAUACCAUGUGUCGCUCAAAAACCUGCUUGCCCAAUACAAUCAAACAGUCUUUGUUGGGACAUUAAGUGCACGAUUAUUCUUCUCCCUGAUCUGUUAGACAAUAAACUGAAAAGGUUUGUCCUUCAUGUUCCAGCAAGUUGGCACUGGGAAUAAAGAGCGUUUUCUGGUCCUGUGGACUAAUUCUAAGCCAAAUGAAUAUAUGUAAAACCACAUAUAACUAUUAGCAUUUAUUUUUAAACUUAAAUUUGACCCUACGUUUUUAUUUCUUGAGGAGUAAGGAGAGCAGAGAAACCUGUUAAGACAGAUGCAAAAACCUAACUUGUUAUUUUCCUUCUCUGGAGAAGGUACAUUUUGCAGAACUCUGUAGCUGCUCCUUCCUUUCUCUCAAUGAGCUUGAAAAUAAAUGAACUGUCUUUGCCCAAAGAUUCCCAGCUGCACAAGGUGGUAUUAAAGUUGUGUCAAUGAUUGUGUGUCGAUGUAUAUUCUAUAAAAAGGUACUUGUCAUUCCCGUUUGUAAACUACAUUGACAUUAAUUAAAUGAAUAUAAAAGCUU